CAGGCGCGCGCUGUGGAGCCGGGCUGGGGGGGGCGCUCACUCGCACCCUGACCAAGAAGUCUGAGGGUCCCGCUGGAUCUGGCUGCCCUGGAUCUGGCUGCGCCCGGGCCCCGCGCCCCCUCCCCUGGGGGAGGGGGGGGGAGAAAGUUCCUGGUCUCUGCGCCCACCUCAGUGGAGCCCGCGUUUUCUCUAAAGGUGGCUUUGACCCCGGGUUGCCCGGCCCGCGUGACCGAGGAGGUGGCUGGACAGCUGGAGGAUGAACGGAGAAGCCGACUGCCCCACAGACCUGGAAAUGGCCGCCCCCAAAGGCCAAGACCGCUGGUCCCAGGAAGACAUGCUGACCCUGCUGGAGUGCAUGAAGAACAACCUUCCAUCCAAUGACAGCUCCAAGUUCAAAACCACUGAGUCCCACAUGGACUGGGAAAAAGUCGCAUUUAAAGACUUCUCCGGGGACAUGUGCAAGCUCAAAUGGGUGGAGAUUUCAAACGAGGUGAGGAAGUUCCGAACAUUGACAGAAUUGAUCCUCGAUGCUCAGGAACACGUUAAAAACCCUUACAAAGGCAAAAAGCUCAAGAAACACCCUGACUUCCCAAAGAAGCCCCUCACGCCCUACUUCCGCUUCUUCAUGGAGAAGAGGGCCAAGUAUGCGAAGCUCCACCCAGAGAUGAGCAACCUGGACCUGACCAAGAUUCUGUCCAAGAAAUACAAGGAGCUUCCGGAGAAGAAGAAGAUGAAGUAUAUUCAGGACUUCCAGAGGGAAAAACAGGAGUUCGAGCGAAACCUGGCCCGGUUCAGGGAGGAUCACCCCGACCUUAUCCAGAAUGCAAAGAAGUCGGACAUCCCUGAGAAGCCCAAAACCCCCCAGCAGCUGUGGUAUACUCACGAGAAGAAGGUGUACCUCAAAGUGCGGCCAGAUGAGAUCAUGCGGGACUACAUCCAGAAGCACCCCGAGCUGAACAUCAGCGAGGAGGGCAUCACCAAGUCGACCCUCACCAAGGCCGAGCGCCAGCUCAAGGACAAGUUCGACGGGCGACCCACCAAGCCGCCUCCGAACAGCUACUCGCUGUACUGCGCUGAGCUGAUGGCCAACAUGAAGGAUGUGCCCAGCACGGAGCGCAUGGUGCUGUGCAGCCAGCAGUGGAAGCUGCUGUCCCAGAAGGAGAAGGACGCCUACCACAAGAAGUGCGACCAGAAAAAGAAAGACUACGAGGUGGAACUGCUGCGCUUCCUGGAGAGCCUGCCGGAGGAGGAGCAGCAGCGGGUGCUGGGUGAGGAGAAGAUGCUGAACAUCAGCAAGAAGCAGGCGGGCAGCCCGGCCGCCAAGAAGCCGGCGCAGGAGGGUGGCAAGGCUGGCGCCGAGAAGCCCAAGCGGCCUGUGUCGGCCAUGUUCAUCUUCUCCGAGGAGAAGCGGCGGCAGCUGCAGGAGGAGCGGCCCGAGCUGUCGGAGAGCGAGCUGACCCGCCUGCUGGCGCGCAUGUGGAACGACCUGUCCGAGAAGAAGAAGGCCAAGUACAAGGCCCGCGAGGCUGCCCUGAAGGCGCAGUCCGACCGGAAGCCGGGCGCCGAGCGCGAGGACCGCGGCAAGCUGCCCGAGUCGCCCAAGCGGGCCGAGGAGAUUUGGCAGCAGAGCGUCAUCGGCGACUACCUGGCACGCUUCAAGAACGACCGGGUGAAGGCCCUGAAGGCCAUGGAGAUGACCUGGAACAACAUGGAGAAGAAGGAGAAGUUGAUGUGGAUUAAGAAGGCAGCCGAGGACCAGAAGCGCUAUGAGAGAGAGCUGAGUGAGAUGCGGGCGCCCCCCGCCGCCGCCAACUCCUCCAAGAAGAUGAAGUUCCAGGGAGAGCCCAAGAAGCCCCCGAUGAACGGUUACCAGAAGUUCUCCCAGGAGCUGCUGUCCAACGGGGAGCUGAACCACCUGCCGCUGAAGGAGCGCAUGGUGGAGAUCGGCAGCCGCUGGCAGCGCAUCUCACAGAGCCAGAAGGAGCACUACAAGAAGCUGGCCGAGGAGCAGCAGAAGCAGUACAAGGUGCACCUGGACCUGUGGGUCAAGAGCCUGUCUCCCCAGGACCGAGCAGCGUACAAGGAGUACAUCUCCAACAAGCGCAAGAGCAUGACCAAGCUGCGGGGCCCGAACCCCAAGUCCAGCCGCACUGCCCUGCAGUCCAAGUCGGAGUCCGAGGACGAGGACGACGAGGACGAGGACGACGAGGAGGAGGAGGAGGAGGAGGAGGAGGACGAGGAGAACGGCGACUCCUCCGAGGACGGUGGGGACUCCUCGGAGUCCAGCAGCGAGGAGGAGAGCGAGGACGGGGAUGAGAACGAGGAGGACGAGGACGACGAGGACGACGACGAGGACGACGACGAGGACGAGGAUAACGAGUCCGAGGGCAGCAGCUCCAGCUCCUCGUCCUCGGGGGACUCCUCGGACUCGGACUCCAACUGAGGGCGUGGCCGCCCGCCCGGCCCCCGCGUGUUCUGCCCCACCCCCGCCUCCCCACUUUCUUUCUUUCUUUUUCUUUUUUAAACGAAACGUGGUGGGGGCGGGGGGGGGCGGGCCAGGACUCUCGGGCCCGGAGCCACUGCCGGGUCCCCGGGACAGCAGCCAUCAGACUGAGCCAGACGGGAUGCCGGCCACCACCCGCCCCGCACUUGCGGUUUGGGCCCGGACAGUGGACUGGGUGGGCUGGGGUCCGAGAUCGGAGGCGGUGGCCAGAGGAGUUGCCCUGCCAGAGGGGCUGCUGCCCACCGACCCUGCAUUGGACCUGGAGGCGGGGAGCGGGGGGCGGGGCGGUGCCGCGGAGCCCCGCACUGCCUCUGCCCUAGCCCUGCCCCACAGGGAGGGCCAGAAGGGUUUUUUAUAUAUGUGUAUAUAUUUUUUUUUUAAGCUCUGAGCUGUCAACGAGACGUUUCCUACCGAUUC